AUGUCCGACGACUUGGAAGCUUCCUCCCAUUUGUUUGCUCGCUCCUCCGUAAAUGACACUUCUUCGCAAUUAUCUCGAUUGGAAGAAGUCGAGCUCCUUGAGGGUGCCCUCCCUUCUCCAUACAGAGAAGAGUUUUUAAACGAGGAUGCAUUGUAUCUACCGCCAAAGCCCCAGUAUGGGCAGUCUUAUUUGGCCGCCGGUCCUUAUUAUGCUAACAAAAUGACUCCCGGUUGGCCUCUCAACUACUUUAUUGGUAUCGAAAGAUCUCGGUUCGAAAAAAAACUCUCCAACUUUUGGCUUCGAAAUUUCUUGUUGCAGGUUCUCGCUCCUUGCGUCGUCCUUCUUUGGUGUGCAAUCCCCAUGCCACUGUAUCAGGAUAAUCAGGGUAUUGUUCGUAUAAAAUUUUGGUUUUUUCUUUUUUUUUAUUACGGUAUCUACAAUGCCGUCGGUUUGUUGUGGAUUACAAAACUCUUUCAUAUAUACUCUGUCAAUUGGUUUUCCAGUAAACUUGGCGGCACAAUGAGUUAUAUAUUGUUUUGGGCCUUUAGUAUCCUCGUCGGUAGCUUGGCCGUCUAUUUUACUGCUUGGCGUCAAAUUACUUUCACUUGGAUUACCUUGAUGUUCAUUUCCAUGAUCAUCCCUAUUGGAAUCUCCUUUUCAAAACUGUGGAAUAAGCAUUCUCGCCGCACAACUCAAUUUUUGUCUCAGUUGUCCCUACUUGAACCCAACGUUCGAAGUAACGCUGUCUUGGAAACCAUAGGCUGGAAAGAUGCCUAUGCUCAUUAUUCUUGGUUUAUUAUCGUUCUUUGCGUUACCCUCGUCGUUUACCUAGCCGGUGAAUACCUUACCAAUAUCUACAUGUCCACACUUCCUCACAGCUCCAGUGUCGCCAUUGCAUAUGUGUAUUCAUGGAUGUGUACCGUUAGUUUGUGCAAUUUGGUUUCGUCCUGGAUUUUGAACACAAAGACCCACUCUUACGCUCUUGUUUCUGUCUUCAAGCUCUAUUUCGAGCUUACUCUCCAGGUUUAUGUGCGCAAUUUGUAUGCCAGACUCGAAUCGCCUCAACAGUUCGUUCUUGUACAAAUUGCCUCUUCUCUUACCAUGAUGACUGUCGUGCCUUUGAUUUUAAUGUCACGCACAGCAUAUCACUUUAAUAAAUCCCUCACAAAUAGUCUAGACCCCUACGCUGUAUAUCGAAAAAAUAUGGGCAGAAACUUUUACGUGAAGUGUGUUGCUUCCAACCUCAGUAUGCUUUCAUUUUUAGGCUGGUCUGUUAUCCUGCAUUUUGGACCGAAUGCCGCAAUUUAUCCAUAUUUCACCUUUGCGAAGGACAGUCCGUAUAGUUUUAAGCUUACCUUUUAUGCUUCUUCUGCGGUGUGGGCAAGCGAGCUUAUUGCUGCCUACUUUACUCGGUUGAUUAUGAGUAAAUAUUAUGAUUUCGAAGUUUCUUUGGAAGCUAUCCGCGAUUUCGUCGAAUAUCCAGACAUGAUACCAGCUUUCAUUUUUGUUGGUAUUCAUGUUUUACAGAAUGUUUUAUUUAGCAUUAUCCAGUUACGAUUCUAG